AUGGGUAAAAAGGUGAAAAGCGGAAUCAGCAACUCUAGUACUUGUCCUUAAAAAAAUAUUUUGUGUGUUUUUUGUAUGUUUUUUGUAUGUUUUUGUCAAGAGCUAGGUAUUGGGGUACUAUCUAAAAUUAGACAUUAUGCAAACAGAAACAUAUUACUUCAAUUAUAUUAUUCACUUAUUUACCCCCUCCUCACCUACGGUUUAUCAAUUUGGGGCAAUACUUAUAGUUCUACUCUCAGACCUUUGAUAAUUCUUCAAAAGAAAGCAACACGUAUUAUAACUUUUUCGGAACCAGGUGAUCACUCUGAGCCUCUUUUUAAGAAAUUAAACAUUCUUAAAUUAACUGAUCUUGUUACCCUUCAUAAUGCACUCCUCAUGUAUAACUAUCACCAUAAUCGUCUUCCAUCUUCCUUUGAAAAUUCUUUAAAACGGUAGCAUCCAUACACUCAUACAAUACCAGGCUUGCUUCUAUAUCAACCUAUUACCUCAAUUCUAUCAAAACAAACUAUGGUAAAUUCAACUUUCGCUUUGCGGCUGUAAAAGUUUGGAAUAACCUUGAUGAAAGCAUUAAACACCUCCCCCUUAAAUCCUUUAAAAACAAAGUCAUGUUAAACAUCUUACAGUCUUACUGUUCGUGAGUCUUUUUUUUUUCUUUUUCAUUUUUUUCCUUUUAUCUAUUUACAAAUUCCUUGUUUGUUCUACCUUUAGUGCCAACCUACUUGCUAUGCCUGAACAUUAUUUAGCUUUACUCAGCUCUAUUAGCUUUUUAGUUAUUCUGAGUAAAUGUUACCUUUUUUUGUAUUAAUAUAUUAUUUUGUAAAUUAAGUUAACUUUUAUUUGGUAAUAUAGCUUAUGUUGUUGUUAGAUCAUAAUAGGACUUGGGGACCUUCUAUCCCAUACUGCCUGUUCACCUUUUGUUCUGAGCCCGUAGUAAUGUCGCAUUGCGGCUUUCCAGGUUCUUGCGCGGGGACUGGGCUUCACACCGUCAAAGUUGCGUCGUUGUAAACUUCGUUUGAAGUUGAUGGGUUUUCUCUGCUUUGAAAGGUAACGUUUUUUAUCCUUUGUAAAAGAUCUUAAAAUCAGAAUCCUGCUGCAAACUGUAAGAAAUUGUUUCGCCUGUCAUCUUAUCGCUGAAAGUUUUAUUUAGCGAGAGCUGUAAAUCGAGGACAGCCAAGUAUUUCUAAAGUUACUACAUGUACAGUACUCCAGUUGAACCUCUCUCCACAACGGCCGCCUUGGGGACAGAAGAACGUAGCCGUUGUAGAGAAUUAAUGUAUGGACUGUCCGCCAAAAGGCCAAAAAAGGUGCCGUUGUAGAGAGGUUUUAGCAAGAGUCAAUGUAUGAACUGUCCGCCAAAAAAAGUGGCCUUUGCCUUUGGCCGUUCGUGGACGUUCGACUGUAUUUCAGUAUAAAUUUUUUCAAAAUUAAAUUAAUUUAUAAAAUGCUCCAUUUCUGAUGAUUUCUAUAAACCUUUAAGCUCUAACGCAGAUAAAGAGGACAUAAGAGUUAAACUGACUUCUCUGUAUUGUUACGUAGAAAGCAUAAAACGUGGUAACAUCAUACAUUGUAUGACUGUUUGUCAGUUUACUUUGUCUCUUUUUGUAGCCAGAUGUAAUACAAAGUGAAAAGAUCAAACAGAACAACAUAUGCACAAUGGGAAAUACAGGCCUUGGGAAACACAGAGACGUUCAUAGCUCAGAUUCAACCUUGGAGUUUGAAACUGGCAAGAAAAUGUUCCCCAGUGAACAUGAAGCCAAGAGGAUUUUGUCAGGUGCGUUGAAAUGUUGUAUCAGGACAAACUGCAUGAGAUGAAGAGUGCCUUAUUACUUUACCCUUUAAGCCCCAAUAUCCACAUACAAAUUCUCCAAACUGAUCUCCAUAGAUUUUCUUAAGAAUUACUUGAGAGAAUUUGAUAAAAGAUCAUGGCAUUUUCCCUUUGGUGAUCAUUUUAUUAGUUCUCAUAACUUUAUCUCUUGACAAUGUAUGGAUAUUAUUAGGAGAAAUUUGUUUUUGGUCACUAUUGGCACUUAAAGGGUUAAUACUUGCCAAAGCACACAAAUUAUGCAUAUGUCACAUCCAUUCAGAUUGAAAAUCCCAAUCACACCCCUUAUUGGCCAGCUCAAGGGUGAUUAGCCAAAUACUAUUCACCUCCCAACAACCAACGAGAAACAAGUAGCUUUUGAGAAUUAAAGUGGACUUUUUAUUGAGCUCCAAAAUAGUGGAAUUUUGGUACUGAAGAUCAUUCAUUUGAUCACCUAUUUUACCAUGUGACUUUGUGAGGAGGAUCAAUAUGCAUUGCAUGGUGUGCAAGAUUUCAAAAUAAAAAUUCCUAGCAUUUGACUAGCCUGAAUUUCAUCCGAUUACUUCGAGUCGUUAUUACUCCCUCAGUAAUGUCUGAAUCGACCGGCCGUUAACCCAUUCGCCCCUGAACCGCCCGUAACCGCCCGUGUGGAUCCAGGUCCUUUCUACCCUUUGUGAUGUCAUCAGUUUUAACGGUCAAGGACAACUUUCUUCGCUAACUGGUGCAGAGUGAAGAGAUCUUUCAAACCAUACCAGAAUGAGCAAAAUUCAGUCAAGGACACCGGAGAAAGAAGCAAAAAAACCACCUGACAUGGACCUGAAAAUCUCCAUGAAAAUCUUGUUCCAUUGCCCACCUACCUUUCCUUUCACCUAAUCCUAAGUUCCUAAAAGCUUUCCUAAAAACUAUUCCCACCAAAAUGAAGCCUACUAAAUGCCUAGCAAGAGAAAAAAAAAAUGAGGCAUCUUUUCGCUUUUUUCUUCCCUCCUCUCUUUCGCUUUUCAUUUUCAGUUCUGACGACACAGUGAAAAUUUGGGUUAAACUAUCUCGAAAUUUUGCUUUCUCCGCAUGCCCAAACUUCGCAAGCUGAUAUUUUGCAUCUGGAUCAGAAGGCCGCGAAGUGUACGACCUGUAAACCGGUUUGUGGUAAGUUUUAGCUCUUUAUAGCACAACAGUGACCAGAAAACCACUCAACUACCUUCAAAACGCGUUUUUCGGCAAAAUCUCCAGGAGCGAAUGGGUUAAUGCCAUCCAGUGACCUCAUUACUCCUUGACCUUUGCUUUUAUUCAUGCAAAAAGUGAAACACGAUUUUCAAGUGGCAAACCGAGAAAUAUCGUUUGGAAAUGUCUGCAUGAUACAGAAUUGCUUUAUUUUUUUCGAUUGUAAUUCAUGUUUAAUGUUCAAACUAUCAACGGCAUGCAGUAAAAAUCUGAACCGGUUGUACUAAAUUCUAUAAUCAAGCUCGGUCGCAAUCACGCAAUGAAAUAAACACACACAUGGAACACUUAGUUCAAAAACACAAUGAUUUGCUUUAAUUGAAAAGAAGCUAUUUGUUCCUUAACGAAGAAAAAAAAACAAGGAGACAAGAAAGAAAAGCUAACAGAAUCAUUACACUUGACGGUAAAGAUAGCAAGAAGGUCGAAUUACAACAUUGAUCUCAGAAAACUUCGCGUAAACAAAAUCACUGGCCGCCGAAACCACAAAGCGGCUCUAAAUGAAAAACCUACCGACUCUACGCAAUGAUUCUUCAUUCACAGUUCAAUUUAGCAUUUCAGUUUCGAAGGCAAGGGCAAUUUUGCUGUUUAAGAUAAAGAUUACAGGUAAGCUCAUCGAAAUGUUUGAACUAAGCGAAAGAAUGCCAGAGAUGUGAUGGCUGAAUAUCAAGCAACUCAAAAGCGACAAUCCCGCUAAAUUUUUCAUAAUAUACAUAAUUAUGCGAAUGUUAAGGCAAUCAACCAAUCAAUCACUACCCGGUUUUCGGGUAGUGAUUGACGUCACUGGACAGCAUUAACUGCCGGUCGAUUCAGACGUUGUUGAGAGGAGAAAACGACUCGAAGCAAUCGGAUGAAUUUCAGGCUAGCAUUUGACCAGAAAAAAUUAAUUCUUUGGUUUGAUAGUUACUUGUCUGUUCCAUGUAUUUCCUAAAAUCAAUUUAUUUAUUGCUAACAAAAGUGUUGGUUAAAGUGGUGGAUAUUUUACAGUAAGGAGACCGCUUUUGAUUUAUUCAAAUUCUUUGGUGCAGAUUUAAUCCAAUCAGAAGCCAGUUGGAAACUGUCCUCAACUUCUGAUCUGUUAAUGUCUGCUUGAAAGAUUUAUGAGUUAAGUAAAGGAGGUCACCCUUUUGGGCCCCUUGCUGUAAUACCCAGCCACAAAGCGGCAAGGUAAAUAACCAUCACUUUUUUUCACUUCCUCUUUGGUUAAUUACUGUUAUUAAUAGAUUCCCUUGCACUAGAUAUAUAAAUUUAUGAAUCAAGGGGAAUAAGGAGUCUCUGAUGACCUUAUUCCACACAUUCACUCAAAAUAUAAUUCACUUACUCAUGUAUAAACUAAUCUCUAGCAAGGGAACCAGAUAUGGACAGCUACAGUGACUAUGAUUAUGAAGAUGAUGCCAUGGAGCCGGAGCCACCACAGAAAAGAACAAUACCAACAGUGUUUAGAUGGGAGAACGGCGGCAGAGACGUCCUACUGGCUGGGAGUUUUAAUGAAUGGAAAGCUAGGAUUCCCAUGAACCUGAGGUUAGUGUUAACCAUUUUGUGAUCCUGUAUUUAAAUUUCAGCCCUACCAAAAUUGUUGAAAAGGGUUCAUAUACUGGCUCUAUCAUUUACCGUUAGUUAAAUUCUUAUAGUGAUAUGAGGAUGGCCUGAAAAAAGAAGGUCUUGCAGUAGCCUUGCUUCUUUUUUUAGGAGAAUUUUUGCUCCUUAAAGGUCCAUACCAGGCUAUUUUUGACAAUUCAAGGUCAAUUAACAAUUAUUGAGUUAUUCCAGAAAAAUGUACACACCCCCCUCCAACUGAAGACACAAUUUUAUUACUCCCCCCCUCUUCCACCUGGAUUUCCAAAAUUGCUUGAGCUGCUCUCCCCUCAGGAUUUCUAGAGCACUUUGAUUAUUUUUCUCUUUACUACAUAUCUUAGGCACCUUUUUGCUAAUAUUUAAAGGAAGUGUACACAUGUUCUGUUUUUGUAAGUUUAUAUUAUCAUUGUUCUAUGUUAUUUUCUUUUUGUAGUCAAGGAGAAUUUUCAGCUAUAAUUGAGCUUCCUGAAGGAGAGCAUGAAUACAAGUUUUGUGUUGAUGGGCGCUGGAUUCACGACCCGAAUGCUGUGAGUAGUACAAGAUAAUUUAAAGGAGCUGUGUCUCGAAAUUCAGCCAAAUUAGGAAAUUACAAAAUGCCUGUUAAAUUAAGAGAAACGCAAAAAUAGCCUCUUAAGGUAAUUCCCUUGUUUUGCACUGCACACCCUCUACUGCGCAUAACAUUGCCACAUCCAAGAUGGCGGCGGUUCUUCUCACUAGCGGUAAAAGAACAAACAAGGGCCGCUUUUGCAGAGCUUAAGCUUUUAUUCGCAAUAAUAAUGCCGCAGAUCGGCCGACAGCUUCCUGGUUUGCUAUCGAAAGACAAGAAAAUGAAAGAAAUGUGCGUGAUCCCCAAGUCUGCAGUGAUUUUUCACUUCGCGGCCGUCGGGUUGUGGAAUUAUUAAAAUGUACUGGCUGAGACUUUGGAUUAUGGGGGCUGUGAAGCCUGUGGAACAGCUCUACGGCUCUCCAACUGCAUUAAUGAGCCAGUAUCUUGCCUGGGAUCGCUACUGUACAUAUUUUGUUCAAACUACGAGAGUGGAGAGAAGAAUAUUUUUGGAACAAAUAAGACACACCGUAGCACCAGAACCACGCGAGGGAGACCAGUAGACACGAGUUCUGCUGCUGAAUUCACAUUUUGCUGUGUAUAGAAACCAAACAAGCGAACAUAUGAAGAAUAGGAAUCAAUAGUCUUUUCUUUAAGUUUCUUUGUCAAGCAUUAUUGUGCAAAAGCAAAAAAAUCGAACCCUAGCUAACUGGAAUUAAACAGAACGCCAGCGCUACAAAAUGGUCCAAAAUAAAGAUUCAUAACUCCAAAAUCUCAUCAAAUCUUGACUUACCUCAUUCCUCAGUAUUUAAUGUAAUCUUUUCAAGCUUGAAUUUCUGUGUUGGCGAUAUUAAACUCAUAAAAACAACCGAAAACAAGCUUGAUCUCGAGUACAUACUUCGAACACGAUGGGCGGUAUUUUGUUUCUCGCCCCAGUCCCCGCCGUGCAAAUUAUCCAUCCUGACUGCGAUCUCAAAGCCAUGUCCACCUUUCACAGCAGUUUGUGAGGAAACAAGCACAGUGACCCCCGAUUUUUUCCCAGGUAUUUGCUAAGAACAUGCACAGUCUAAUAAUUAUAAACAACAUAUUUGAAGAAGAAAAAAAGUUUGAUAGUAGAACAUGAUUUCUUUGGGGAAAGUAGUUUCGUAUUUGGUGUACUUGGGUCAAGGUGAGGACUUCAAGCUAACCAGGAAACUGUCCGAAAAAGCGCAAUAUCCCCACAACCAGGCAAUUGAAAACGAAUUAAAUGAAGCGAUACUGCUUAUUUGAAUAAAAGAAGCUUUAUGUUCAAAAUAAUUUUGUGUGUUUCAAGUAACAACGGCUUAAUUCUGUAAGAAGGGGAUUCAAAUUUGAAACCCACAACCAGUAAAAAUACCCCAGUUUGAGAGCCUGCCAACGUGUAAACAAACACGGUGACCCCAUCUUUUUAUUGCAUUUUUUUAAUGUUCAUAUCAUGAAUGUUGAUUAUGCCAAGUUUCAAAAAAAGUUUGAUAGUACAACAAUUUCCAGGGAAUUACCUUAAGACUUUAAAGGAAAGUUAAAACAACAAAACAGAAACAACAGAUGCCACGGAUGAACAAAACUGAAGAAGAUUGAAAAGGAUUGAAAUUAGGGUUUUUGAAAACUGUUCAGCCUAACAGUUUUUCAAAGUCAGGGCUUGAAAUAACUAUUGGGCAGGCACCGGACACAUUGUCCGGUCAAACGUGAUUUUGCUCGGACAUAGGCAUUUUUGGCCGGACAAAUUUAAUCCAUGUUAACUAGUUGCAAUAGAGGCUCCAUUUUGCAAGUUACAUGUUCUGUAUCAUUUUCAGCAACAGCAACUCUAAUUACUCAAAAAAAAUCGAGUGUGCAAAAAAUUAGAAGUUGUAGUUUUAUUACUCUUUGUUCUGUUACAUUGUAAGUCAGACACGUGGAUUGCAAGACACAACCUCAUCAUUAAGCAAACCAACUUUGGACUGGUUUAGUGAUUGUUUUGCAUUGGAAGUUGAAAUAUCAUGUUGUAAUACAUUUUAGCAAAUGCUGCUUUGUUUCUACAAAUAAUUUCAAACGGGCAAAUAAACUUGUGAAAUCAUUUGGUUCAAUAAAUCAAUCUCUCAAUUAACACGAUAAUAAACGCUAUUAAACGGAAUGUAAAUUAAUAUACAACUAUGUAAUAUGAUCCUGACUUACAAGUUUACUCUACCGUUCGGUUGAAUGCAAAUCUAGACUUCAGAGUGAUUUGUUGAAUGUGUAGCAUCUAUGUGUGUAAAAUUGCAUUCGAACAGGCCAAAUGACCGGACAACAUGUCCGGUCAUCCACGGAUUUGCUCGGACAAUGCUCGAUUCUGACCGGACAUUGUCCGUUGACCGGCCGUUAUUUCAAGCCCUGAAAGUUGAUCCCUGCUGCUUGCAACUUCAAAAAUAUUGCUUUGGAGACACAUCUAUUUGUCUCGGAUCUCUGAUUUGUCAAUUACAUGUAAUUUCUUUGCUUACUUUAAGUUCCAUAGCGAUUGAGGGCGAGUAAUUGGCAAAAUACAGCAAAAUCAGGGUGUCCAGUUCCUAUUUUUUCCUAUUUUUUGAGCAUCUUCCUAUUUUCUCCUAUUUUUUAACUAAAACCUCCUAUUUUUCCUAUUUUUUAGCUGGUGAAGCCAAAAUUUGUAACAAAAUUGAAAAUGGAAUUAUAGUUGUAUGUGUUUUAGAAUGAGAUUUAUCAUAAAACAAGUAGUAUAUUGACUUUGAUGUUCUAAUAUUUGCAAAAAUAAUAGUUACGUUUUUCUUUCAGUGACCUCUAUUGCCUUUUUGAGUUCUGUUAACUUUGUUGUGUUGUUACUUUUUGCAUAAUUUUUUAGUGCACCUACAUGUAUGUAGUGUUAUAGUUCUCAUGACUAUUGAAUUUAGUAAAAUCCAACUGCUGGUCUAUUUAUCAAUGCUGUGUUUUGAUUGGUUUAGAUUCGGCCUUCAGCCUCAUGGGCUAUUGACUCAGAGCCCGUUCAGGCUCGAGGAAUAAUUGUGUAUUGUUAAAUUAUUAUCGUGUAUAGCCCACUGAAACUUCAUUUCAAAAUCUGUACAUGUUAUAUUUUAUUUUGAAGUCUUGCUCACUUUUAUGCUCAUCUUUGAAACUGAAAACAGGAUCAAGUUGUCCUCUCACAACACAGGUCAGAUUUAUAAAUAAUCCAACCGGCUUCUUGUUGAAAAACCAAUCACAGGGUUGGCACAGUCUUGAAAAGUCCUUGAAUUUUAGGGGAAGUCCUUGAAAAGUCCUUAAAUUUCUGCGCAAGUCCUUGAAUUUUAGGGGAAGUCCUUGAAAAGUCCUUGAAUUCCAUUUUUCCUUGAAAAGUCCUUAAAUUUCUGCGCAAGUCCUUGAAUUUUCUUCAAUUUUAAUGUAGUGGCCUGGAAAGUUUCUUUUGAUGCUAUAAAUCAUAGCUCAGAAACUUCAAAGGUUAUUUAGUAUACAAAGUGCUCAAUGUUUUAUGCAAUAAUUAACUAUCAAUUUAAGACAAGUGAACUGAAAAAUGUAGAGAAGUUGGUGAAGUAAACAGUUCAAGCCUUAAAGCCUUAUUAGAGUUGACUGGGAAUGUGCAUUUAUGCACUAUCUGUGAAAUUAUAUUCCUAGUAGGUGGUCUUUGAAAAUCAAAUGCGGCCCUUAAAAAGUCUUUGAAAAAUAGUUGCAAUUUUUUGUAUGAACCCUGAAUCACUAGCUGGAUUCUGGAUGCUACAUGAAAAGAACAGAUUCAAGUUAAGUUUACAGCACCAGCUCUCUUGGUGAGCGCAUGUUAACAGCUAUUCCUAAGCAACUGACAAAGGAUCCAAUAUUUUGGUUGCGAAACAGGUCUUGCAGUCAUAUCUAAGCAGAGUGUUAUGUUCCUUUUUAGAACUUAACCAUGACACACUUACAAUCUGCUACCAAAUAGAUCAGUGUCAUUUGUGUACACCACAGAAAUCCUGGUUCUGUACUUAAAACUAUGCAGUCUUUUGACUCAAACAAGCAUAUUCUCAACCGUCUACCAAUUGCAGAUUAAUGGAAGGAAAGCUUUCUACAAGACUUUUUAGUCCUAGUUCAACAUUAAGCUUUUCAAAGAUUUGCUGCCAAUUUGAAGGGGAUUUGCAUAUGACCACCUUUGAUUAUAGAACCACACUUGACCUGUAAUCAAGCAUAUCAUUCUAAUUACAGCGUAACUGAGCCAAUAAACUGAAAUAAACUGAUCACUCCUUCUAAGCCGCGAAAGUUGAUCUAAAUCCUGCGAACGUAGAAGCUGAGGACUCGUAGCCUUUGUUACAACCCUAAUGGGGUGCAGGAAGACUAUCUUUGUCAACGAAAGUAGUAUUGAUUUUCCUAUUUUUUAUCACAAAAUUUCCUAUUUUUCCUAUUUUCUCAAUCCUGAGUUUCCUAUUUUCCUAUUUUUUUGACCAACACUGGUGCUGGACACCCUGCAAAAUGAACUGGACUGCCGUGACACAGCCCCUUUAAGUUAAAAGUCAGUUUCCAACCAUACAUAUGUGUAUACAGGGUUCUCAUUAUUUUCCAGUAGCCGGCUAAAAACUGGCUACUUGGAGGUUUGAGCCUUCUACUUUUUUGGGAAAUAGGGUAAAGUGAGAGAGUGAAGCCUCAAAUUGCCUACAAAACUCAGUUGGCAAGGUGCCUACUUUUACAUCCUAGCUGUCUACUUUAAAAUGUAAUGAGAACCCUGUAGUAUGUUAAUCAUAAUAAUUUAUUAUGUUUGUAUGUAUCGUCUUCUUGCCAAGCGGUAGUUAAAUGCUAAGAAGUAGUAUUUUUACUGGAGGGGGGAGAGGAGCCAUGACUGCAGAAAUGAUCGAUGUUUCCAUAAUUAUUAUCCAAAGUGAUCAAUCACCUUACAAGGUGGUCAAAGCAUUUUUUUCUACAAAAAUAAAGCAUUGUAAAUAAAUAAGACUAAAAUUAUGCCUAAAAUGACACACUUGCUCAAUUAAAACUCUCACUUUGCAAAAGUAGACUAAAAACCAACUACGGUAUAUUACAUUGCAUUGCAUGCACAUUAAUGCACCAAUUACAACUAUAAAAACCUUUCACAGGAGAACAUAGAUCUGAUAUUCUAAGUCAGCUUUGUUGCAUUGAUAAAUCUUAUAUAAUCCAUUUCAACUGCGUAGUAAUCACUUUUUACUUUUUUCCUUACCAACAGCCAACCACAAAUGACAAUUUUGGUGGUAGAAACAAUGUGAUCAACGUGAAGAAGUCUGACUUUGAAGUGUUUCAAGCUCUCGAGUCUGAUGCAAGCGCAAGUAUUGGUUCUGCUGGAUCAAUAAGUGAGUUACUAGCAAGGAUUAAAAUAUCAUAAGCUGUAUCAAAGGCUUGCACCACUUGCAGUUAAAUAGCAAAAAAUGCAAUCAUUCAAAACUCAACUACCCAUAAUUACAGUAUAUUAAUUGCCCCUUUUGAAUACAACUUGAGUCCCUUUUGUACUGGUUGUGACAUGAGCCUUAUGAAUCUAAUUUCUGCAGGGGGAAAAGAACACUCAAAAACUGUAAUUGAAUGAGUUCAAGAUCUGUAUAACAGCAACCCUCCAAGUUGCGACCAUUUUGGUCGCCAUGGCGCCUAAGAUUUUGGAACUAGCGACUUGAUUUGUAAAAAAGUCUCCCUAAACCAAAAGAGUUGGUUGCCAAAUGGUGAUAAAGCAAAAACUUUAACUUGGAGGGUUGAACAGGCCAGAGAAAAAUACACAAGAAAUACAAUCAUGGAGAGUUGACUAGAAAAUUCCAAUAAUAAUCUUUUUUUCUGCCUUCUACAUUAACCUGACCUGUUUAAAUUAAAAAGAAGUAUUCCAGAAUCCAUGGUGUCUUGCCCAAACUUUUUCCACCAAAACGAUUUAAGCCUGGUAAAUUCUCAGCAAAUGAAAUAUGUGGGAAGCAAAAAAGUGAAAGAAGGUGGUGAUGAGAGAAAGCAAAUGGUGACAUUAGACAGUGUUGAGUAACCACAGUGACCAUAAAACUAAAAAAUCUCAACAUUUUGUCUUUGACACUUGCUCAAACUUCAGAAACUGUUUUUUCAGGCUAUUGUAAGUAAUAUUAUUACUGUAUGUUAGCUCAUGGUUAUUCAGGGCUCAAAUAAAGUCCCAUUUGGUAGUCCAAGACAAGUAGAUGUCCUUGCUGGGCAAGUAACUUUAAAAGCUUUCCAUGAAGACAAAGGAAACCAUCUUAGAUUUCCAAAACCGGUCUUGCCAAUUAAACAGUUCUUAUUAAGACUCUGUGGCUAUCGUUCAUUGUUAGAGCCUAAAUCUCUUAACUUUAACAACAACUUUAAAGGAGUUAUACACGGUUAGGGUCGAGUGUCAAUAAUUUUACAAGCAAGUCAUCCUCUAACAAAAUCACUAACUAAGACGGGGACAGAAGUGACCCCUGGCAAGCAAAAAUAUAGGUGAGAGCUGCUUGCCCAAAGGACAAGCUGAAAUUCAAGGGUUUUUUUUUUUGUUUUUCCAAGCCUUAUUCUAACUUACAAUCUGCUUCCUUUACUGUUAUAGAGUCAUUGUCUGGAUCUCCCCCUGGUUCCUAUAGCCAGCUUAUUCCAUCACACCACACACCUGUUACAGUGCGUGACGGAAUGCACUCCAGUGUUCCUCCAGUACUUCCGCCUCACUUAUUUGGAACUAGCGACUUGAUUUGUAAAAAAGUCUCCCUAAACCAAAAGAGUUGGUUGCCAAAUGGUGAUAAAGCAAAAACUUUAACUUGGAGGGUUGAACAGGCCAGAGAAAAAUACACAAGAAAUACAAUGGAGAGUUGACUAGAAAAUUCCAAUAAUAAUAUUUUUUUCUGCCUUCUACAUUAACCUGACCUGUUUAAAUUAAAAAGAAUUAUUCCAGAAUCCAUGGUGUCUUGCCCAAACUUUUUCCACAAAAACGAUUUAAGCCUGGUUAAUUCUCAGCAAAUGAAAUAUGUGGGAAGCAAAAAAAGUGAAAGAAGGUGGUGAUGAGAGAAAGCAAAUGAUGACAUUAGACAGUGUUGAGUACCACGGUGACCAUAAAACUAAAAAAUCUCAACAUUUUGUCUUUGACACUUGCUCAAACUUCAGGAACUGUUUUUUCAGGCUAUUGUAAGUAAUAUUAUUACUGUAUGUUAGCUCAUGGUUAUUGAGGGCUCAAAUAAAGUCCCAUUUGGUAGUCCAGGACAAGUAGAUGUCCUUGCUGGGCAAGUAACUUUAACAGCUUUACAUGAAGACAAAGGAAACUAUAAGGAAACCAUCUUAGAUUUCCAAAACUGGUCUUGCCAUUUAAACUGUUACAGUUCUUAUUAAGACUCUAUGGCUACCAUUCAUUGUUAGAGCCUAAAUCUCUUCACUUUAACAACAACAUUAAAGGAGUUAUACACAGUUAGGGUCAACGGACAAUAAUUAGCAAGUCAUCCUUUAACAAAAUCAAUAACUAAGACGGGCAAGAAGUGACCCCUGGCAAGCAAAAAAUAUACGUGAGAGCUGCUUGCCCAAAGGACAAGCUGACAUUCAAGUUUGUAUUGUUUUGUUUUGUUUUUUUUUUGUGUCCAAGCCCUAUUCUAACUUACAAUCUGCUUCCUUUACUGUUAUAGAGUCAUUAUCUGGAUCUCCCCCUGGUUCCUAUAGCCAGCUUAUUCCAUCACACCACACACCUGUUACAGUGCGUGACGGAAUGCACUCCAGUGUUCCUCCAGUACUUCCGCCUCACUUGCUCCAUGUUAUACUCAACAAAGAGGUUGUGGAUCACAAUGACCCAUCACUGCUUCCUGAGCCAGAUCAUGUCUCUCUCAAUCAUCUUUAUGCACUCUCCAUCAAGGUAAUUACUGGUACAUGGUGUUAUUAAUGAAAAUCAUUAUUUUGCUUAAUUGGGCAUUUCCAGAAAAUAAUUUAUCCAUAACAUACCACGGACAGCUAAGUUUCAGAAUUCUGGGGGCAAGGGGGUUCUUUGAACUGGAAAUUCAAAGGCAUGCAUACUUACAAAAAACUAUUGGAAUCCCGCAGGUAUGGGGGUUUUAGAUCUUGAGUUUCCACAGGGGACAGACAAGAGUUUACUCCUUGAAAGUGCUUAUGUUAUGGACUACUUAAAAAAAAGAAAAAUGAUGAGAAAGAAAGCUUGAUAGAAAUUUUUUAGGCACAUACAUGUAAAACUAUAUUUACAAGUACAUGUAAGAAUGGUUCAUAGCACACUAACUGAUAACUGUAGUCUAAUGUGGCUUAGCUAAGCUUAUCAAGUACUUUUUGUUCUGUUUUGUUUGUUUACUUGCUUGCUUCUUUCAUUUUUAUGACAGCAUUAUUGAUGUAUCUAUUUUUACAUGUUUAUGUUCUAUUUUUUUUGGUAGGAUGGUGUGAUGACAUUGAGUGGAACUCAGCGGUAUAGGGAGAAGUUUGUCUCAACUCUUCUUUAUAAACCCAUCAAUUGUAAAUAG